CAUAUCUUGAGCCCUUCUAAACAGCGACACAAUUUAUUAUUAAAAGAAUUUCUUUGCCCCAACGAGUUGGUUGUCGGUAGAUACUUGAUCUAUUCCCACACGACGUCACAGAUUCACUUUCUCUCUAUUCCGGCAUGGCAUCAGAGUCGCAGGCGCUUUUGGUGCUUGUCACCGGCGGCUCGGGGUUCAUCGGCUCAUACUGCAUCAUCGCCCUUCUCAACGCAGGAUACCGAGUGCGUGCGACUAUCCGCUCUCUUUCCAAGUCCUCCGCGGUGAAAGAGUCCCUCAAGCAUGGCAGUCUCACAGAUUCAUCUCUAGAGAGCCUCUCCUUCGUUAGCGCCGACCUCAGUAGCGACGAAGGCUGGGACCAAGCAGUCGUAGGUUGUAGCUACGUUCUGCAUGUUGCUUCACCUUUCCCGCCCCAGCUGCCUAAACACGAAGACGACCUCAUUAUCCCCGCUCGAGACGGAACCCUCCGAGUUCUGAAGGCCGCAAAAUCUGCUGGCGUUAAACGUGUCGUAUUGACGUCCUCCUUCGCAGCAAUUGGCUACGGACAUCCAUCCCGGACUACACCUUUCACUGAAGAGUCGUGGACAGACAUUACUAAGUCUAAUGUCACGCCAUACGAAAAGUCCAAGACCAUCGCGGAGCGGGCUGCCUGGGACUUUGUCAGCUCUCCAGAGGGUCAAGGGCUCCAACUAAGUGUCGUCAACCCGGUAGCUGUUCUGGGUCCCGUCCUCAGCAAUGACUUCUCGCCUAGUAUUCUCCUCGUUCAACGUCUUCUCAAGGGCGACCUUCCUGGCUGCCCAGAUAUAAUGUUCGGUAUUGUUGACGUGCGAGAUGUCGCUUCACUGCACCUGCUAGCCAUGACUAGCCCUGCCGCGGCAGGUGAACGUUUUCUGGCCAUCGCACCUUCUGCUAUGACAGUGCAAGAGGUUGCGAUCACAUUGAAGCAGAGACUACCAGAGUUGUCAAAGAAGACCCGUACAAGAACCCUACCGGACUUCCUGGUUCGACUUGUCGCUCUCUUUGACCCGGAAGUUGCGUCUAUUGCAGCGCACCUCGGCAAGAAGAAGUACCCAACAAACGAGAAGGCUAAGAGGGUCUUAGGAUGGGAGCCGAGAAGCAGGGAAGAUGCAAUCACGGCAACGGCUGAGUCAUUGGUAAAGUUGGGUUUGGUAAAGAAGUAAAGGUCUCAUGUAGAGAGCUUGUGGCUCUGGGAUGAAGCCUCAAGACGAACAUACACACCUUAUUGAUGGAAAGGUCCAGAGAAGACCAUCGAUCAGCUUCAAGCUUCACUUGCCUG